ACACAGAUAUGCAUCACAGCGCGAUCUAUCGUUGUGAUACGUAGUGUGAUGUACAAAUAAAAGUUAAGCUGUGACGGAAAUACUGUUAAUUCAUGUUCCAUGUAUCUACAUUGGAGAGUUUUAAAUGUCAAAAAGUACAUAGUCAUCGCUUGAUGAAGAAGGAAAAUAACGAGAAAGGAGUGUCCCAACAAAUUUGAUUUGGAACGAAGACAAGGAAAGAAAUUUAUGAUAUAUUUGUGGUCGUUUGUAGUGCUUUGUUUUUACGUGACGUAACCUAUGUCUCUUACUUACAUUCAAUAAGAAAGGGAGAUAUCAUUGGAAUGCAUUACAACUGGUUCGAAGUUCAUGCGCCUUUCUUAUCGCACUAUGACUUAUAUUCCUUCUCGCAGCACUUCCUCGUUUCUUUGUCAGUAUCAACGUAAUGUUCAAGUCGUGCAAAUGUAAUUUAUCUAAUAUUUGCUACGUUGAGUUACCACGGUUUACGAUUAUUCUGCCGAGUUACCUUGGGACAUUUAGGUAACUCUUUUUUCAUUAGAAAAGCGAAGAUGCAUGAAGGAAUAAGUUCUAACACUAUUACAGCCCUUUUGUCACAUCAAAUUUGGAAAGAUGAAUUCAUUUUUGAAGACAAUGAGCUCUAUGACCAACAAGAGAAAUGCAUUGGUCAAACAAUCUCUGCAGAAGCAGUUAAACGUAAGUGUGAUGGAAAUGCAAGGAGUAUCAAGCACAGAAAACAGUUCAGUCGGCAAUUGCGAAGAAAGCAUGACUCUUUGUUCUGUUUUGGAAGCUAUUUUCUUACACGGUCUAAAAGACAGCCUUUUAAAUCGUGUAACAGAAGUUCUAAGUGGUCCAGACUUCGAUGCAAUCCCUCAGCCAAGCUUUUGGGGUCCAUUAUUAGUUUUCUCGCAUCGCCAGAUCAUAGAUCAAAUACAAGCCUUCAGCCAACUGACUACAGAAGUUGGAUAUUGCAGAGCAUGGAUAAGAUUAGCUUUAAACGAGGGCCUGUUAGCUAGCUAUUUUUGUUCUAUCAGAAGAGACAAUUCAGCUUUAAAACCGUAUUAUAAUCAGUCUGCAUUCAUUAGAGAUGUGGAUCUUGUGGAAGUUACACAGAGAUUAAUUGAAACUUUAGAUUACAUUCGCUUCGAGCUUGCCUGUAAUGGUAGCCUUUUAAAUUAUUGGUCAACUACGCCUCUUCUUUUAGCAGGAAUAUGGUCACCACCAAUGAAAUCUUGCCCUGUAUAUAGUGCUGUUGAUAUUGCAAAAACAGUAACUACAGAAUUGACAGACAAUGAAAAUUUUGAUGAAGUUGAAACAGCUAGUUCUAUUGGCAGCUUAGGUUCUUUUAAUUCAUCACAGAUUGCACUUAAUACUGUAGGUUCUAUUACUGAAGAUGAAGCUUUAAAAAUUAUAUUAGCUACUAAAAACCCAAAUAAUAUUGGUAUAAAACAUCUGAUGAAUAGUCCAAGAGAUACUUCACCUCUAAAAAUGGAAGAAGAACCAAAUUUACAAAAAAUAAACAAAGAACCAAAUUCGCAAGAAAUAAAAGAUGAACCAAAUUUACAAGAAACAGAAGAAAACAAGCAAAUUUCAAGUACUAAUGGUUUAAAUACUAGUACUGUAGAAAUUGAUAAAUCAUCUGGUAUCGAAGAUUCAGAAAUCGAAACAAAUAUUGUACAAAACCAUGAAACUUUGAAUGAUACCACUGCAACUGCAGUAGGCAACUCAUUAAUUAGAAAAUUAGGGUGGUCAACAUCAUUUGAAGAUUGCGAAUCUUCCUUAAGUUCACCUGUAAUAUCUCAUGACACUGCAACAGAUGCACCUCGCACACCAGGUGAUGGUGCCACAUAUGAAUCAAUUGUUCAGAGUUAUCACAUCGCUGGCAAUUCAUCAACACCAAAUCUUCAAGAAUUUUUAAAAAAAUAUCCAGAAAAACAAACAACUGACAAUGGAAACAAAGCUCAAUUAGAAAAUAAGAUUGAGAUCAAUUUGGAUGAACAAUUAGGAAAACUUCCCAAAGAAAAAGGUUUAGAUAUACAAAAUUAUUGUUGUUUUGAAUGCGGUCAUGCAAUUGGUAUGACCUUUUCAAAAGCACAUGUCUGCUCUUAUUCAGGAUAUUAUUAUUGUUCUAAGUGUAUGUCGCAAAAUGAAUACAUUAUUCCAUCGAGAGUAAUUUACAAUUGGGAUUUGAAGCAUUAUCCUGUUUGCAAUAAAUGUGCAGCAUACUUACAAAAUUGUUCAGCAUUGCUGGAUUUUAAAGUCCUGAAUCCAAGAAUUUAUAUGGCUGUGGAUACCAUGGCUCAAUUACAAUCAUUAAGAAUUCAAUUAAAUUUACUAAGAGCCUACUUAUUCACUUGUCGUGAACCUAUAAUUGAAUCUUUACAAAAAAAAGUUGCACCCAGGGAUUAUUUGUACGAACAUGUACAUCAGUAUUCUGUUUCUGAUCUUCUUGACAUACCUAAUGGAAUCCUUGCACAACAAUUACAAAAGGUUAUAGAAUUUACAAGAAAACAUGUUGUAAACUGUUGGCUUUGCAGUCAGAAGGGAUUUAUAUGUGAAAUUUGCAAUAAUCCAAAAGUUAUAUACCCUUUUGACAUGGAGUCUACGUAUAGAUGUGGAGCCUGCAAUGCAGUAUUUCAUGCAGACUGCUUAAAUGCACAUAAGCCAUGUCCUAAAUGUGAACGUAGGCGCAAACGAAUAGACCUACCGCUUUUAGAUGUAGGUUGUACAGAUUUACCAAUGGAUGGCGCAUUAACAAUGGAUGCAAAUGAAUAAAUAAAAUUCGCAAUGAUGUACAUAUUUCUAUUUUAAAAAUGUAUACAGUAUUGAUCUUUUUUUAUAAAAUAAUUAUAUAAUUCGAUUCUAAUUUUAUCAAAAUUUAUUUUAAGAGGUUUAAUAACAAGUAUUUUACAUCUGUAAUGUGUAAACAUCUACAGAAUAUUUUAUAACAUGAAGGAUCUACUUUAAUAUUGAACAGAUUGAGAACAAAAAAGCAAUGGAAUAAGUCACAUAAAUGUGUAGUAUAGUUGACUUUAUUCCCGCGUUAUUGCCAUAGUUAUUUGAAAAAUUUGUAUUAGUAAAGUAAACUACCAACUUCUAUGGAAUAAUUUCUAUAAACGCCUUUAUAAUUUUUUUCUUUGUAAAGAAUUUUUUAAUAUUAGGGGAAUCUAGGAAUGGGUAACUACUGGCUUGUACACUUCCUAUAAACGUUAACAAUUUCAUGUCUUAAGAUUAUAAUAAUAAUUAUAACUUGAAAACAUUGUUAAACAAUGUAAAUAUUUAUAUACACUUUCGUAAUUACUUUUGUGACUGAGAUUAUCAUUGAAGCAGGCCCCUCAUGUUAUGAAAAAGCCUGUAUAUAUGUGUAUAAUCAAUAAGAGAUAUAUGAAGAACUUUUUGAAUUAUUCAAAUAAUAAUUUUUUAAAAUAUUUUUUCUAUAUUUUGCUUAAUUUAUAACUUCACUAAAUUUUUUUAUAUAUUUCGAAAACUUGCUUCCAUUAUAUUUUGUUUAUUACUAUAUUUAAAACAAAUAACACUUAUGAACAUAACAUAAGGAAUGUGUUACAGGUCUAUUUCUUCAGUUUCUACUUAUUGUAGGAAUAGCUUUUUAUUUUUAGGAUAAUUCGAUGUUAGAAUGUGUACACAGUACUAAUGUAAUAUAUAUGCUAUUCAAAUAUUAUGUACAAAAAGUAGCAAAAUACAUUAAUUAUACAUUUGCGAAAUCAUUUUGUAUUUUCCAUGCUCAAUACUAUUAUAUUUAUGAAAUGUAAAAAAUUACUAUACUUUAUAAACAAUAGUCUCAUAUCAUGCAUGUAUAUAUAUUAAACCUAUUGGUUGUAAUGUACUAAAUUGUAAAUAAAAAUUCGAAUCUGUAUAUACCGACUUUCAUUAUGCUAGGACAAUAUUUUGUUUAUUAAUCAAACUUUGUUAAUACAAAUAUUUUGCAUAUUGUUUUACAGUGUAUAUUUUUAUCAGGUAUAUUAUUAAA